UUCUCUAUGCGCGUCAUCUCGUCAGCUGUGUUCAGCAUUCAAGUUUACUAUAUUCUAAAAAUCUAGUUUCACGAUAAAAAAAUCUCGUAACUUAAUAUAAUUUGAGUAUUAAAUUCACGGGACGUUCUGGACGAGUCGGUGAAACUUAUAAACAUCCUCAAGACAUACAAUGCAAAAUGGUUGGCCCAUUACUCCUGUUGAAAGUGCUGCACUGCAAGCAAAUCUGCAAAAACCGCGCUGAAACAUGUAAUAAAGAAGGCAUUUCGUACGAAUCUACCGAUGAAGAGGAGGAAACAAACUGUCGAGUUUGUUUGAAGGAAGGCCACAUUCCAAUUUACGGCAAUGAUAUGGUGGAAGAUGUGUCUGAAGCUUUAAAAACUUUUGGGGGCAUAGAACUUGAAGUAGACGACGCCUACACGAAAUAUCUAUGCCAAAAUUGCUACACACAGAUUCACAAUGCGAUAGAAUUUAGGAAGACUGCACAAGAGACAGACUAUGUUCUAAAAAAUCCAGGUUCAACACAAUCAUACAAUUUUGAUGUUGAUGUUGAUGCACGCUCUAUUGACGAUAAUGAUCAUCCCGAAUCAGAUAUGGACAUUCCUUUAAUUGAGUUUAAAAGUAAAAAAGAGAAGAAGGAAAGAAAGUGGCAGUGUAGAAGAUGUGACUUAGAUUUUAAAGGCUUUGACGACUAUCAGGAACACAGAUUAUCCGAUGAACAUGAAAAUUUCAGGAAGACUUGCCCAAUUUGUAAUAGAUCAUUCACCUAUUCCUCAUAUAGAAAUCAUAUGAAGCUGCAUGGAAGAGAAAAACCUUUCAUGUGCGACUUUUGUGGCAAAAAGUUCAUAAUGCAGGGUCAGUUCACUCGUCACCGUGCCACUCAUAUAGACCAUUUACCGUUCCAAUGUACAAUGUGUCCGUAUCGUGGAAGGUUUAAUGAAUGUCUUAAAAUGCAUAUGAGGACUCAUACUGGAGAAAAACCAUAUCAAUGUAGCGAGUGCCCAGCACGGUUUGUUAACAAAAGUAACCUCUCUAGACAUGUACUCAUUCACAGAGAAGAACGAGACUUUAAGUGUGACACAUGUGAUCGGGGAUUUUACACUAAGAGAGAGUUUGAUUUGCAUUUGAAAGUUGAUCAUACAGGAGUUAAGGAUCACAUUUGUAAUAUGUGCGGCAAAGCUUUCGGUUACAGAAGACAGUUGCUCAAACAUCAGUUAAAAGUACAUAAAAGAGAGAAAUUGAGAGGUGGUAGAAUUCCUGUAUAUUUGACUCUCGAAUCUGAGAAAAGAAAACGGGAACUAGCAAUGAAUCAAGGAUUAAUUUUAGAUAUGGAUACAUAAUAUUAUGCUGUUAUUAAUAAGUUAGUUUUGUGCGCUUCCAUAAAUUGUCAAUAUUGUUGAUGUAAUCAAAGUAUUUAUUUAAGACACAUUAUCAGUACAAAAAGACAAUCAG